AUGCCUCUUCCUCGACAGUGUUUCUCUCGCUGGACCAUUAUCUCCGUCGUUGCCAUUUUCAUCAUCGUCACCGUCACCGUUACGUGUGCUACUUACUUCACGCUGGCUAAGAAAAAGCACCAUGCGUUUGAUUGGACGACAGUCAUGAGUUCUCGUGGGGAUGUGAUUCCUGACUUUAGCUUUGCUGGGUAUCAUAACUCUGCUAUCAUACUGCCCAACAUCGCCGCCCCCAACAUCACUGUUUCUUUUAAUAAUAGCGUUGAUGUGAGGCCUGCGAUACAAGCUGCCAUUGAUAGUAUUGCUUCUUCGGGUGGUGGCUCUGUCAUCCUGCCUGCUGGUAAAUGGUCUAUGACUGCAGGCCUGAACCUCUCAAGCAAUGUUGUCGUUACCGGGUCUGCUGGUGGUAAGACCGUCCUGUCGCUGAGUGAGAAACCGUCUGUACCUGUUUUCACGCUGGGUUCUAGCAACACUGCCAAGCCCAAGUAUGGGUUCAGGUCAAAUAUUACCAAUGAUUACGUUCCCAUCGGCUCGUCCUCAGUCGAGGUCGUUAACAGCAGUGGUUUUGCGGUGGACCAACUAGUCUAUGUCUCUAGAAUAGCCACAGAGUCUUGGAUAGAGGCCAAUGGCAUGAGCAACCUGGUGCGAGACGGUGCGUCCCAAACCUGGAUACCGGAGAAUAAAAGAUUCAUGACGCCAAAUCAGAUAAGCGGUGUCUAUGGCAACAAUAUCACCCUCAAGAUACCCUUGACAGACAAUAUUGAGCUGGACUAUCUGCAACCAGAGCUCAUUGUCUAUACCCCUCCUGAAACCAACAGUGAGAUGGGCAUUCAGGACCUCUCCAUUGAGGUACCUGACACUUGCUCUGGGUCCUCUCUCAGUGAUAAGACGUGCAACUCUGCUGCGAUUCGCUUCCCAUCUUGGACAGUUGAUAGCUGGGCUAGUGGUCUCACUCUCAAGGGCUUCAACAAGUUCUUCCAGGUUGACCAGGACGCCUCUCGCAUCACCAUCCAGAAUACUACCAUGAACCGAGAUAAGGAUAUCUCGGGGAGUGCUCUCCCUUUUGAUAUCAUGAUCCAAGGUUCACAAGUUCUUGUUCAAGACUGCGAGCAGGUUGGCAUCUCGUCCGCGCGAUGCUUCUCCGUCGCCACGGGAUCACUGACACCUGGCCCGAAUGCUGUUCUUCGUCACAAGACUCAGUCUGACUCUCAGACUAUAUACCCCCACCAGAGAUGGGCUCAGGGUUUACUGGUAGAAGAUACCUCGGUCGCCACGUACUUCGUGAACCGCAAUAUCAAGGGUUCGGGGCAAGGUUGGUCCAUCAAUGGUGGUGUUGGGUGGAACAUUGAUGGAUAUUGUGAGUUUGAGUCUCCGCCUACUGGCAUCAAUUGGUGCAUUGGGUGCGGUGAAAACGGUAACGAACCAAAGGGCAAUGCUACCUUGCUCGAGACGGGGAAGCGGGUUGAACCACAGAGUCUGUUCCAGGCGCAACUACAGAAUCGCGGCGUCUAUAGGUAUGAUGGAGAGGAAAGUUAA